UUUCUUAACAGAGGUUUGACAGAUCACCAGCUGAGGUGGCUCUAUCAGCUAGAUAACCGUUGAAUUUCAUUUUAGUAAUUGUUGCAAGGAUGACGUUGAGUUGCGCGGUUUUGAAAGUGGUGGCAAUGGUGACCAUAGUGGCAUUGAUGCCUUCUCAAUUUGUAUCUACUGAUGCAGCAAUUUAUGAUGUUGGCUGGUCUCCGAACACUGAUCUGCAGGCAUGGGCGGACAGCAAGACUUUUUACCCCAAUGACUCUUUGGUGUUCAAAUACACGCCGGAGUAUAAUGUUCUGGAAGUCACCCAACUUGCAUUCAUGAAUUGCCUAACUACAAACCCAGUUAGUGAAUAUAAUAGUGGUCCUACCAUGAUCAAGCUUGGUGAACCAGGAACACGAUUCUUCAUCUCUGGUGGACCUGAGAGCUGCUUAAUUAAGCUCUCCAUUGAUGUGGUCUCUCUCCCAGUCUAGGCUCGCCAGUGACAAGACCAGCAACUGUUGCCCACAGCAAAAGCUUUUGUUUUAUACGGUGAAGUUAAACGGAGGUCCUGCUGGUCUUGAUGGUUCAACUAGGGUUUAGGGUCAUGGGAA